AUGUCCUCCCCAAUCUCACACACGCAGCCACAACCCCCUACCAGCAAUGCCCCCCCAUCAAGCUGGCACCAGCUCAACAACCGCUGGACUCGCAACUGCGCCGGCGGCGAGCCAGGCGUCAACUACAACCAGAACGUCCGCGACGGCCACACAGAACUCACGCUGAGCGUCCCCUUCAGCACGACCAUUCCAGUCUCAGCCCUGAUCCAGCGCGCCCGCAACACCUGGCUCCGAUGCCACGCAUCACACCCGGAGAUCGCCGUACAGCUGGCAACAGGGACCGACCUGCCCCAGACAAUGUCCUUCGAGCCGCUGCGCUCUAACGCCGAUGCGGCAGCCUGGCUAGACGAGAGUUUCCGCGUUGUUUCGCAUCAAUCAGCGCAGCAGGUCGCGAGCAUGACGUAUAACCGCCGCUUGCCGACGAAGGGAAAGCGGAACAUGCUCUAUCUUGUUCUUGCGGGUGCUGCAGAUCCGGAGUUUCCUGAUCGUCACUGUCUUGUGUGGAACUUCAGCCAUGUCCUCGCGGAUAUCUAUAGCACCGUGCAGUUCUUCAAUAACUUCUUCAAGAGCGUGACGGAGGUUCCUGGGGAUCGGGGCCUGGAUGUCCGCGAGCUGGAUUACACUGGUCUUGCAUCUCGGCUACCCGUUACGCCGGUGACGCCCUACGAGGCGACGUAUCGGCCGUCGCGGGCAGAGAAGGAGGAGGCAUUGCGCGGGGCGCUAGCGCAGACGCAGCUUUAUGCUGACAAGAUGUCCCACUCCAUCGCCAUGUACCCCGAACCCGACGCCGCAGCCCGCACCCACGGCACGCACUGCAUCCGGCUUCAAUACACAGAGUCCGAAUCCCGCGCCCUUCUCUCCUCCCUCUCAGCGCAGAAAAUAAGCAUCACGUUCGCCGCGGCCGCCGCCACAAUCCUCGCCGUGAAGCAGACGUACGGGCGCGGCCACGAGACCGGCGCGUUGCUAGGCAUGACGCGCAACGCGAGACGCUGGGUGCAGACGGAAGCGACGCACCGCGUCCCCAACGCCGCGGACGUCGUAUACCUCUGGGUCCCAUUCAAGGCCGAAUGGUUCGAGCCCGAAAUGCCAACGCAUACAACGAUCCUGCAUCUCGCGCGGGAGGUGCGAAAGGCGCUAGGGCCUCAUCUGACAUCGCCGCACUACAUCUCGACGUUUGCGUUCACGGCGGAUCGCGUGAUCGAGGCGCUGAAGCGCGAGGGCGAGCCUGUUCCGGCGCCGCAGGCGCCCGGGUUCAGUCCGCAGGGGGCGUUGCCGCUGGGGAAACACUUUACUUCGACUUCGGGUUCGGGGGACGCGAGCAUCACGACGCAUGACUUUGUGCAUUCGGGGCGCCAGAUUAACCCGUCUGCUUGGACGGGCAUGUUCUCGCUUUGGGGACGCGUUACGCUGUCGAUGGGGUUUGAUGGGAAGUAUUAUGACCCCGGCCGUAUGGAGGGGUUUAUGGGUAGGGUUAAGGGGAAUUUGGGGAGUCUUGUGCUGGGGGAGGGGUGGGUGGAUGAGCGGGCGAGGCUGUGA